GCUUUACGACAGCAACAACUAUGGCGGCGUUCAGUGGAAGAUUUGAAAGUGCUAGGAGUAUCGAAGAGCGAAAAGAACAGACCCGAAUUGCCCGGGCCGAAGUAUUACGCCAGGCCAAAAGUAAUUUUGAAAAAGAACAAAGGUGCAAAGAACUUAAGCAACUUCGAGGUGAGGACACAUGGAUGCUACCUGAUGUGAAUGAGAGAAUUGAACAGUGCUCACAGGAACACUCUGUGAAGAAAAAGAAGAAAAAGGACAAGCAUUCAAAAAAAGUGAAGAAAGAGAAGAAAAAGAAGAGCAAGAAACAGAAAUGUGAAAAACAGAGUGAGUCGACUGACAGUUCCUCAAGCUCUGAUGAGUGGGUUGAGGCCGUCCCUUCCCAGAUACCUGUUAAAGAAAAGACCUGGAAAGUGAAAGACAAAAGGCCAGAGAAAGCAUGUGACAGCCACAUUAUGCAGCGGGAUGAGUGGAUGACUGUUGAUUUUAUGUCUGUCAAAACUGUGUCCUUAUCAUCACUCAAAGCUGAAAAGGAAGCUCUAAGAAAAAUAGAGCGGGAGAAAGCCCAAGCGCUAGAACAGUCCAAACUACAAGAAAGAGAGUUGAAUCCGUAUUGGAAGGACGGUGGGACAGGUCUCCCAUCAGAAAAUUGUAUACCGGCAGUUACUAAAGCUUCCGGAGUAGAAGAUGGAGGAUUAAGCUGGCUAAGAAAGUCUUAUCAAAGAAUGAAGGAACAAGCUCAAAAAGAAAACAGAAAUUUUGAGGAUAUUGUAGUGGAAAAAUAUGGGUCAAUGGAAAUAUUUCAGUCAAAAUUAAAAGAAGCUGAAAAAAUUGCAUGCAAAAGAGAAGACUGUGGACGGGAACAGCGGAGGAAGCCUGCAUAUUCAGAUAGAGCACAGUGUAGUCAAGCAAGUGGCACUUCAGACUUAGUGAAAUGUAAGAAGCACUCAGAGGACAGACACUUUGCAAAAGAGGUUGCAAACAGUAGCAGCAGCAGCAGCAGCAGCAGCAGGAGCGACUAUAAGUUUAGUGGUCCUGACUUAAGGAAGAAAUCUGGGUCUUUAGAAAAAUGUACAAGAGACUCUGCCCUAAAACAAAGGCAAGAAUCUUCUGGAAAUUUGAGACCUAAAUUCUUAAGACCCUCUGAUGAGGAUGAACUAUCAUUUCAUAGCAAGAGGAGAAAUUUUGAACCAUCUACUUCAUCUACAUUAGUGGCUCCGGCUUCUUUACAUUGUGAUUUUCAAAAACUCACAGAGGACAGUGAAGAAAAUUUGACUUCCUGGAUCCUGUCUGGUGGGAGAGAAGGAAACCAAAAACAUUCAGAUCAAAAGCCACUGGAAACCUGGAGCUGGAGUGCUGAUCAGCACUCUCCAGGAGACAGGAGAGAACAGUUGCAGGCUGAGAACUUGAGGGGUGACCUACCAAGAAGAGGACAUCUGCAGGACACAAAGUCAACAUUUGCUGGUUCAGAGGCAGAGUCCACCUGUAUCUUGAAUAUUGAUGAAAAGAACAAGUUGGGUGCCAAGAUUAUCAAGGCAGAGAUGAUGGGGAAUAUGGAAUUAGCUGAACAACUUAAAGCCCAACUUAAAGAGGCAAAUAAAUUUAAAGAAACCAUAGAGAUACCAGCAAAAAGAUUCAGAGUAGAGCAUGAAGAUGAAGAAGUGAUCCUUAUUAGAACAGAUGAGUCUGGACGAAUGUGGCCUGUGAACACUCCCGGAGAGACCCUGGAUAUGAAAGCAAAAAGAAGGAAGAGACAAAGAGUUUCAACCCAUGAGGAUAAAGAAAAGAUCCGAUACUUUCCUGAUGAUGAUCAUCUGAGUCUCAAUGAUUUAGUCAAGAAUGAGAAAAUGGGAACAAAUAUUGAUCAAAACAGACUUUUCAUGAGAAUGGCAUCUAAGUUCAUGGGAAAACCAGAUGGAGACCAUUAUACUCUGGAUGACAUGUUUGUCUCCAAAGCAGCUGAAAAAGAGCAUCUUGGUGAAAAGGAAGAGAGCCAGAGGAGGAAAGCAAUUGCAGAGCACCAGAGUCUUGCCGCACAGAUGGACAAGUGUCUGUACUGUUUUGACAGCUGUCGGUUCCCCAAGCACCUUAUUGUUGCUAUCGGUGUGAAGGUUUAUUUAUGUUUACCCAACUUCCAAUCUCUUACUGAGGGCCACUGCCUCAUAGUCCCUCUGCAGCACCUUCAAGCAGCUACCAUGUUGGAUGAAGAUAUCUGGGAGGAGAUUCAGAUGUUUAGGAAAUCAUUGGUAAAGAUGUUUGAAGAUAAAGGAUUGGAUUGUAUCUUUUUAGAGACUAAUAUGGGCAUGAAGAAGCAGUAUCAUAUGAUUUAUGAGUGUAUCCCUCUCCCAAGGGAAGUGGGUGAUAUGGCUCCCAUCUAUUUUAAGAAAGCCAUAAUGGAAUCUGAUGAAGAAUGGUCCAUGAAUAAGAAGUUGAUUGAUUUAUCUUCAAAAGAUAUUAGAAAGUCUGUGCCCAGAGGCUUGCCUUACUUUGCUGUAGACUUUGGCCUUCAGGGAGGAUUUGCCCACGUCAUUGAAAAUCAACACAAAUUUCCUCAUUACUUUGGAAAGGAAAUCAUUGGUGGUAUGCUGGAUCUAGAGCCCAGGCUGUGGAGGAAGGGCAUUGGAGAAAGCUUUGAGGACCAGAGGAAGAAAGUGUUGCAGUUUGCUCAGUGGUGGAAACCAUUUGAUGUCACCAAAAGUAAAAGCUCUUAAGUGUA